GGCAGUGGCGCAGUGGACGGAGAGGUGGCGCGUUGUGGUAAGGCGCUCGCCUCCCUGCGCAGGAUUGGCUACGAGGAGGACUCCGCCAUCAUCGCGCCGGCCAAGCAGGACCUGUCCAUGGCGGAGGCGGUGGCGCGCGCGGCUCUGCGCCCUGAGGACGUGUUCCACAUCUCCAUCGACCGCUUGCAGCAGGCCAAAGGCGAAGAGCACGCCAAGCUGCUCAAGUCGGUCGAGGAGCUGGAGGUCAAGGUCACGGCCGCGCGGCAGCAGCGUGACAUCGUGGCAGCGGGGGUCGCCCAAAUCGAGGAGGACGUCGAGGAUGCUCGUCGGGCGCUCGCCAGGCCGACGCCCGCGCCCACGACGCCGCCAGCGGACAUCCUGGCCCUGGCGGCGCAGCUGCAAGGCCUCCGCGGUGUCCUGCAGCAGGCGUCGGGCGGCGUGGCGGAACAGCACUCGGCUCAGCUGGUGCACCUGCUCACGUCGCACGUGGACUCGAUGGCAGGAGUGGUCGCCACCUCGAAGGCCGCCCUGGCUGCGAGCGCCCAGGAGGCGACAGGGCCUCCCGCUCCACAGCAGCCGCAGGCGGCGCGCGAGGACGUCGACACGGGCCCGGCCGCGACUGGCACCCACGGCGCGCGGAGCAUCCGGCUCGCCUCCUACAACGGCUCGUACUGGAACACGUUCAAGGACUGCUUCGGCCAGGUCUCGAAGGAUGUCCGUGGCAGCUCAUGA